CUGAAACAUCAACAUCUCCGCUGGGGGGAACGUUUCUUUUGCGCUUAUCCAUCUGGUCAAUCCAAGUCGGCAUCACCGAAAGAAGCAUCUCAAAAACCAAACCACUCCUGUCCUGCCGUAUCAACAUCGCCUUCCUCCAUCAUUAAACGUCAUCAUGUCCGACUCCCCUUCACCUCCCCCAUCAUGGAGCAUCGGCAACAUGACCAACAGCGCCGUGCAAUUCCUCCGACUUCCCUUUCUCGCCUCCUCCGGCCUAGCCGUGAUUGCAAGUGGACUCUUAUACUUUAAGCAAAAUGAAUUGAUAUACCCCCGCAACGUCCCAGUCGACGCGCGCACAAACGUCCCCAGUCCCCGACAAUUCGGCAUUACCGACUUUGAAGAUCUGCAGAUUCCGACUCCGGACGGUGAAUCGCUGCACGCGCUGCUCCUGCGGCCACCCAAGAGUCGCUAUCGGCGUAAUCUGACGGUGAUAAUGUUCCACGGAAACGCUGGGAAUAUCGGGCAUCGGGUACCAAUCGCCAAGGCGAUUCAGGAUAUCUUACACUGUAAUGUGUUUAUGCUUGAAUAUCGCGGAUAUGGAAUGUCGACGGGUACGCCCGACGAGGCUGGCUUGAAGAUCGAUGCGCAGACGGGUCUGGAUUAUCUGCGGCAGCGGGUGGAGACGAGGGAUGACAAGUUCGUUGUCUACGGACAGAGUCUGGGCGGUGCGGUUGCUAUCAAUCUCGUGGCGACCAAUCAAGAACAAGGUGAUAUUGGGGGUUUGAUCUUGGAGAAUACCUUUUUAAGUAUUCGCAAGUUGAUUCCAAGUGUCUUCCCGCCAGCACGGUACCUGGCUCGUUUGUGCCAUCAGUACUGGAUCAGCGAGGACGUGAUACCCAAGAUUUCCAAGGUGCCGAUCCUAUUCCUGAGUGGAUUGAAAGAUGAGCUUGUACCUCCAUCCAAUAUGACCCAACUAUUCGCCGUGUGUAAGGCAGAAACGAAAAUCUGGCGCACGCUACCAAAUGGCGGCCACAACGACUCCGUGGCUGAACCGGGCUACUUUGAGCAUAUUCACACCUUUGUUAUGGAGGAAGUUCUGAGCGAGUAAACGCUCGGCUCGCAUCCAGCCUCAUAUUGCCUCACCUACAUCAAUGAUACCCACAUAUUGCCAGACGACAGAGAUUCUUCUACCGUUCCUCAAAAUUCCGGUCCUGGCCCACUCAACUCUCACAGCCUACUUGCACACAAUCAAGCCACCAAAUACCUUUGAGCCAAUACCGCCAUCUAUCUCCAGUUUACCUAAUCUCCCACAGCACGGGGGAACUGGACCGGCGUCAUUAUCCCUGGAAUACGAGCGAUGCGUUUUGUGACACACGGAGUUGGUACUUUUGUUUUUAAUACUGCUGUUAUUACUACUCUGACUGUUUCUAUGCGUGGGGUGGACAACACUUAUUUCGGAUUGUAUUUCACCUAGCGAGGGAAGAUAGGUUUCCCUGUAUUAUGCAUGUAUCAUUUUGACUCUUACCGUUCUGUCAAUGGCAUGCUCUGCCCACAAUUAUUCCUUCAAGUCUGUAAUGAAAUACAUUCUAUACCCGUAAGCAGAGGAUGAUUCACACAGGAUAAGAC